GCAAUUUCAAAUCAUGGCUGUAACGAGGCAAACCACAAGAUCUGCAUAUGAAUACGUCCAUGCUGUGAAGACUACAUUCAAAGAUAAUCGUGAUAAAUAUGUUACAUUUGUGAAAGUCAUGAAGGACUUCAAAACUAAUCGAAUCAGCACCAAUUGUGUCAGAUCAAGGGUCAAUGACCUCUUCAAGGGACACCCAAAACUGAUUUUGGGUUUAAAUAAGUUCUUGCCGAGGGGUUACGAAGUAACAUCCGAGAGUGACCGAACUCCACUGAAAACGCUAGAGUUUGGGGAAGCUCUUGCUUUUGUCGAGAAGGUCCACGCAAGGUUAUCAGAGGAUGGUUUCAAAUAUUUUUUGAAGAUAAUACAAAUGCAUAGGCAAGACAAGAAAAGUGUUACUGAGGUCUACUAUGAGGUGUUUGAUGUCCUUUUCCGAGACCAGCACGAUUUGCGUUGGCUCGCCCUAGGCCUUCCCUCUCAGACCCUCUUCCCGAGACAGUCGCCACUGAGUCAAGAUGAGUCUAUUCUGCCACUACUCCAUUUUUAUCCUCCUUUUCCCCUUUCUCUUUCCUCCAUCGAUUUGGUGGUAACUCAUCCUCCUCCGUUGGGGCUAAGACCUCCUCUAGAUCUGUCACUGGGUAAGUCUCCUUCCGUCUUGUUUGAAGUGCUCUCUCCUCUCGCUCUGCCAGAGCCCUCAGAUCCGCCAGAUUCACCCUCCAUCCUUACCCCUCACUUGGUCCUUGUAGCCUCCGCCAUCUCCUCUCCAGAUCUGGACUUUUCUUUUCUAAAUCUGGUUGUGGCAUUCAGUGUCGUGUAUGUUGUGUCCUCUCGUGUCAUGUUUUUCGUCCUUAGGCGAACUCUUCCUGCAGUAUGCAUUCCUGAAAUUUUGCCGUCUCUCCACCUUUCAAUCCCUUAUGUCGCCUCUCCAUUUCAUCGCCCCGCUGCCUCCUUGUCUCUUCCGCCUCCCCAGGUUUGCUCUUACUCCUCGACUUCUGCUUCUUCAAUCUUAGAACAGUCUUUGGCGGGAUGGGAGGUGCUUGUUGUGUGGAGUCUGGAUAUGUUAGCUCCUUUACCAAAUGUUUUGGUUUCUUUUGUUUCUGCCUCAGUGCGGCUCUUUACUGUAGUAUACAAAGUUUGUCCCGUUGUCAAAUUGACAGAAGCUUCAAGUUUUCUUUCUAAGGGGCAGAACAAGAAAGCUUGUCUUAACCCUAUCUCCUUGAAUCGGGUUUUAGACUUCUAUAGUCCUCAUCUCUCCUUUAAGGAGGUUGUUUUCCUCCCAAAUAUUUUGUUUGCUUUGAGUGGUAUUGUUUCAUGGAGCAUUGUGUCGAAGGUAGUUCGCUUUAGAAUAAAAGUUGUGAGAAUAUCAGUCUCUUCUUCAAUAAUUGAUGUUGCUGACAGCUUCACCUUCUCGACUAUAGAUGCUCUGAUCCCUCCUCUUGGUGGUUUCGUUCAAGACAGUAUAGUCUAUUCUUGUCUUGAUGUUACUUUGGUUGAGCUUUAU